AUGAGGUAUACAAUUUUGGUAAUCGCUGUCAUAUCGACGCUGAUGGUGUUAGGAGCGUGCCAGUCAGACGACGAGAUGGCAGCCAUGCUCCAGGCUAUAACCUCUAACGAACCACAACAGAAAACUACCACCGACGAAGAACUCAACCUAGAUCCAGUUCUUGAUCAAACUGACACCGUUUCUGGUCGAGGUUCGAGGUCAGAGAUCACGCGGCCUAAAGGAACAAAUACCGAUUGCAUAAAUCAGGAGGGGCAGCGCGGCGUCUGUGUUUACUACUACCUUUGUGAUCAGGAGUCCAAGACUAUAAUAGAAGACGGGCGCACGCUUAUAGAUGUCAGAUCUGGGGAAGAUUGUCAGAAAUUCCUCGAGAAAAUGAAGUAG